UAAGUAUAAAAUUAUAAUGCAUCGUUAACUUAUCAAGUUUUCGUUCAUUUAAUAAUCCAUUAUCGAAUAUAGAACAUGUAAAAUCUCGAUUAUAGGCGGAUUUAUCAUUUUGCAGAAUGUGCGAAGCCUACAACCAAUCAUCAUUUCUCCAAGAAAAAGGAAAUAUCCAUUUUGCUAGGUUAUGUCCGUAGUUCUUGGACACUAUCAGUGGUAGCAAUCACCACCACUACAGUUUAACGAUAAACGAUGCUUAGGAAAUAUAAGCAGCCGUGUAAUUUGUAAUUUCUAGCUUGCGGCACUGGUGGUAGUCUCGUGGGCUCGGCUCGACUUGAUUAACUCAAGGUACUUUACAGUCGAGUCGCAACAAUGUCGUUUCCGCACAAUGUUUCCAGCAUAUUUUAGCGAUCAGGAGUGAGCGUUUGCACGGAGGUAGAGGAAAUAAAUAAAUAAAGUGCGCGCGAGUUAAACGACGUGAAUUUAAUGUGUGCGAAGAAGUGCUUGGUAAAGUACGAGAUGAAAGAGACAUAAUUGAUACGGCAUUCCAAUUAAAUUGCUGGAGAAGCAUGACGCACGCCUAUGCUGUUAAGGAACUUUAUGCAAACGGAGAAGCUAAUAUUUCACAAUUUGCACAGCUGUAAUGAACAAAUUACAAUGGCAAACGGAGGUGGAAGUUUUAUAAGCAAACCAGCAAGGGGCUGGUUGCAUCCCGAUCAUCUUGUUAGUAAAGAAGGAAUUACGUAUGCCGUUCGCUAUAUUGGCUGCUUGGAAGUUUAUACAUCUAUGAAAAGUUUAGAUUUUGAAACAAGAUCGUGCGUUGCAAAAGAAUGCAUCAAUAGAGUUUGCGAGGCUGCUGGAUUAAAAUCAGCUGAUAAGAAAAGAAGGGUUGAUCGAAAAGUUUUAAGAGCGAUUGCAGAUAAACCAUGUAUGGAUCACGCUGGAUCAAAUAUUAAUUUGACAAUUAGCAGCUGUAGCCUUGCAUUGACUGUCCUAGAAACUGGUCAAGUCAUAGCAAAACAUGAAAUGCCCCGUAUCUCAUUUGCCUCUGGUGGUGAUACAGAAAUUCUUGACUUUGUGGCUUACGUUGCCAAAAAUGUGCAAGAUUGGAGAGCUUGUUACGUAUUGGAAUGUGGGGGUGGUUUAGCACAAGAUGUUAUUUCGACUAUUGGCCAGGCAUUUGAAUUACGAUUUAAAGAAUUCCUUACAAAACCAUCUUCGUUGCAUCCAACGUUGAAUGGCUUAAGGGAAGCAGAUCGAGAUUAUUAUAAUGAUUUGCCGGGAAAGAUGCCGCCGGAUAUCGGUCCUCCUCCAGUUCCACCUUUACCAGUUUGUUCAACAACUUUACCAAAUUUAAAGCACCAUCAUUCUAAUUCAAGUAGCAGUGGAAUAACUACCAGCGCUAUACAAAGUACACCACUCCCUGAUCCAGUACCAAAAAGUGCAAAACAGGCGCAACAGUGGCCGGAGACUGGAAAUUUGAUAGAUCUAAGUUCCGAUGGCAGUAUAGCUUCCAGUGCCAAUUCAGAACAUAAUUAUGUUAAUGACACCGUGAUUGCGGCAAAUCGAGAUAAUCGAAGGGAGCCUGCGGCUUUCUUUGAUGCUUUUGACAUGCAGCCAUUUAGUACAGCCAUAUCAGAAAUGAAUAAAUUAAGUCCACAAACGCAAAAACAACAAUUAAAGCAAGAAGUUUGGUAUCAUGGAAGUGUUAGUCGUUCUGAAGCAGAAUCUAUGUUAACAAGAGAUGGUGACUUUUUAGUUAGAGAAUCCCAAGGUUCACCAGGGCAAUACGUUCUUACAGGAAUGAAUAACGGAAUUCCCAAACAUUUAUUGCUUAUUGAUCCCGAAGGAAUUGUAAGAACUAAGGAUCGAGUGUUCGACAGUGUUAGUCAUCUUGUGAAUCAUCACUGUGAUAAUACACUUCCAAUUAUUUCGGCAGAUAGCGCGUUGGUUCUCCGACAUCCCGUGCCAAGACGCACAUCAUAUUAAAUAAUUACUAUCGUCUACAAAUACAAAGAAACGCUAGCGAUUUAAACGAUCAACUUGUUUGCGAAUUUUAUCUUUAUAAUUUUAUUUUUGUAUUAUAUUCUGUAUGUAAUAUACUUGUAUGUCAAAUGUAGAGUAACCAAUUUGGAGGGAAGAAGAUUGCGAUAUUCCGAUAUAUAUUUACAAUUUAUAUAUUUCAAUUCUGCUUUUUAAUUUCAUUAUAACGAGACAAAUGUCUCUUUUCUUUUUUAAUAUUUUUAUAUAGCGUUGGACGUAUUUCAUUCCUUUAUCGAUGUGGUAAAUAUGUAACAAAGUACCUAUUGUUUUAAAUGUGCCUCUAUGUAUGUAUAUACAUGCAUACGUAUAUUGUGUAUAUGCAUUUACACGCAGCGCUGGCAUGCAUGCAGAAUGUUAAUUGUGACAAAAAAUUUCUACAGUUUUAUGUGGUACAUGAUUUUAAUUGUUAAUAAAAAUAAAAUACAAUUUAUCG